AUGCCGCCCUGGGGCGUGUUUCCGCGGGCCCGACGGUCCAAUCAUAGCGGCACAUGGUCCUAUGACUCACACCUGCUGACUGCGUCAAGGAGCGCUAUCCCGACACGCUCAAGUUCUCUGAACAACAUUCUCCCGUUCGACGUCACGUCGUUCACCACGGAUAACCACCAGCAAUCAUGGCUCCCCACGCCCCCGCCCCAGCAGCCUACGGCUCAGAAUCUGAAUUCGAAUUCCAACAACGACAGCAACAGUUCCCCGCAGGAGGACUUCGUGCUCUAUCCCGCCCCGUGUCCGCAGCCUCGUGUGAGAGACUCGCGUGCGCCAGUACUUCCGAGUACAGCCCCUAGAUCUGUUUCAUACAAUCCUUUCCUGGUCCGAUCUCAGUACCAGCAGCCCCGACGGCACUCGCUCAGUCUGUAUCAACAGCUACAGCAACAAAAACUUUCGGGUUCGCCUGUCCAGGUUCCUCGUGUGACCAGGCUUCACUCACAGUCUACCGGGUAUUCUCUGUCCUCGUCUCUUCGGUCUAGUCCCUCCAGCCGGACGCACUUUCAGCGUGUCCACGCCGCGUCUGCGCCUUCGAAUUCACCAAAUCCCAACCGUCCUCCUGUUCCAUUGUUUUCAGCAGCCAACGGCACUCAAUUCACUCAAAAACAGCUCCAUCAAUUACAACAGUUUUAUCACCGCCGCAUCAUGUCGACCCCCAACAUCGCUCAAGAUAUGCCUGACUUCUUCGGUCUGCCCUCGAAUGACUUUGGGGAUGAUUUCGAGUUGAGCACUGAACCCACCAUGCUCUCUCCCAAUCAGAUCCCCACUGGCCUCAUGGCUGUCAAGGACUCUCUGGCAGGUGCCCCUUCGGGCACCAUCUCUCCCAAGGACUUGUUCAUGGAUGCGUCGGCACCCCCGUCGACCUCAUUCACUGAUCUCAGCACUCCUUCCUUCGAGUCUCCUGGUUAUUUCAGCCAGGACACCUCGCCCAUGUUCCCCACCGAUCUAGAGCUGGGCCCUGGCUCCGAGGAGUGGGGCCCACUCUUCCCUGCUCAAGAUGACUUCUCCACGGCUUUCGACUCCGCUGCCUUGGAUGUUGCACUCGCUCUCUCCCAGCCCGAGCCUAAGCCCGCAGAGGUCUCUGUUCCUCCUUCUCCUGCGGUUCGCAACUCUGCUUCGCCAGCUCCUUCUCCUGCGCCAAGCAAGUCGGGUGUUAAGCACUCGACCGUCGCCGGUGUCAAUGCUCGUCAACGCAAGCCGUUGCCCCCUAUUAAGGUUGACUCCAGCGAUCCUGUCGCGUUGAAGCGUGCUCGCAACACCGAGGCUGCUCGUAAGUCUCGUGCUCGCAAGCUCGAACGCCAGGAUGAGAUGGAGCGACGCAUCCGUGAACUCGAGAAGUCUCUGGAAGAAGCUCAGCAGCGCGAACAGUACUGGAAGGCCCUUGCCCAGAACAGGGGUUGA